AUGUCUAAGUACGAAGCACGUUAUGAAAAUAUGUUGUUCAACUAUGAAACAACAACUCGAACUGAUUUUCGUGAUGGUGAAAUUGAGCCGUUAAUUAAAACAGUUUAUAAAGGGAAACAGUCUUGUUUGAGAAUUAGACCAAAACCUUUAAAAGACCUGCACGCGCUUACUGAUUGGAGAGUGCCCAAUGUACCAUUCAAUUUAAUGCAUAAACCAAAGGACAUAGUUCAAACAAAUCCUAGACAACCGCAGGAACCUUAUAAAAACUACCCACAUAUAACUGGACUUAUCGAGGGCGUUUUGACAGAUUACGCUGGAAAGACUAGUGGCACCCUAUGUGUCACCAGAGUGGAGAAUGGACACCGCAGCGUGGGACAACCGUCAGCUUCGGUCCUACUGUGACCCUACCAAGUAUUUUUGGCUUGCGAGGACGCCAAAGUAAGAAUUACAGUUCUCUAUUUGUUUACAUAGAUGAUUUCAUAAUAGUAUCGACAGUUAUACACUUUUUAAUACAAUUCGUAUAAUUACGCUCUCAACUGAUCUA